ACCUGCGGACUUUGGCCCGUGGUUUGUGUUCCUGCGUGUCCACCAGGCUGCUUCAUGAGGUCCAACAUUUAUAUCAGAUACCCAGUUGGGAGGCAUUAGCGCCAGCUCAUUGCCUCCACCCUCCCUCGCUCUCCUUCCCUGCGCUCUCUUAAUUUGUCGGGUCAGGGCUUAGUCCCCGCCGCUCACCCGGGUCUCUCUCCCAGCUCCGCUGGUGCCAGGCUGACGCGUCCCGUUGCGCACAGCGCUCUUCCGAUCACCGCGUAGUUUCCACACAGUUCCCCUCCCGGAUCUCACCCUAACCUCGGGGCUCGCAGGGAGAAAGCCACCCCAACUUGUGCGCUUGUCGCCGGGAUGACACUCGGCCGGUGACAGGAGGACUCGGGGGGAGUGGACGAGCAGCGGGAGGAACAAGGAGUCCGGGCUCUCCCCCGAGCAGUUUGCGCAAGGUGCUUCAGCGGAGACCCGUGUUGCCGCAUUUGAUGGAUUUCUUUACCAGCAGCUACUUUAUGAUGUCUCCUGCUCCUCUCUGAGCCUUUCUUGGGUCCGCUCGCUACCUGCUCGGAAACUUCUCUCUGUCUUGAUCGUUGCGGGAGCGGCAGGAUGGAGUCGCACGUCGGCUCGGCUCUGCAGAAACAUGCGCUGCUCUGGUUCAUCAUAGCAGCGGCUCAGUGUGUCUCAGCGCAGGGCUGUGGAUCCCACUACAGGUAUGCGAUCGAGGAGUUCUGCUUGGCCGGUUUCAGGGAAGGCAUGCAGGAACUGGACCCGAGUCAGUGGUGCAGCUGGGAGGACACAGCCGAACUCUAUGAAGGUCUUACAAACUGCACAUACCUGUGUGCGGAGAAGAUGAGCUGCUACUGGCCCAACCGAAUUGUGGACGAGUUCUUCAUCCAGGUCCACAGGCACUACUUCCACGACUGCUCAAUGUCUGGACGACGACUCAGGGAUCCUCCGAACCGCAUUCUGGGUCCCUUCAUUGUCGUUCCCAUCCUGGUCACACUCCUCAUGACGGCCCUGGUGGUGUGGAGGAGCAAGCGCAGCGAGGGAAUCGUGUAGUGAAGGGGAAAAAUGGGGGUUGGGGUCACAAGACUCAAGAAACUUUUUCUCCCUGAGGUUAACGCCAACCUCACCCUCAGUGACCAAAACUCUUCUCUUGAGUGUCAGUGUUUGGGGAGAGGGUCUCAUUAGAUGUGAAAACAUGAACUCCAGGCUCUAAAGAUAGAUCCCCCAUCAAUGCACUCCGGUGAAGACAUUAAAGCCCAUAACAUUUGUACUUAAUCUUGACGGAUUUGAGUCGUUUCUUAAGUUUAACAAGCACAUUUUGCUGCAAUGCUCACCCAAAUCUGAUCCGGACCAGAAAAGGGACUGGUGACGGGAUGUUGCACAACAAAACUUUUUUUUUUCCUGUCAGAAACUGCUCAAAAAGGAUAUUGGGUGUGGUGGCUCUUCUUCAUUCAAGAGUUUAACAAAUGCUUUCAACAACCAAGAAAAUACCACAAAGGAACAGAUAAUAAAAGCCUCUGACAGGAAACCCACGGAUAUUCUCAGUCGUACUUGUGUACAUACGUACCUAUACCUAAACUACACGCGGUAUGUACAGCUUUGCGACUAUUGUGUCAUGAUUCUGCUGCAUUUAAUGUAUAUUUACUAGAGUACAAGUGCAUCCUGAAUCGUGAAGAUGGGAACUGAAGAGAACGGUGAAACAGAUGCUCAAUCCAGGUAACAGGGAUCACAUAUUGGAAAAUAUGGACAACCCACAGGAAUAGAGCCCAAGUUUGCAUUUUUAGAGCUUCCACUUCCAUGGCUGUGUUUUAACAAAACAGAAUAUAUAAAACAGCGGGGAAAUGCUAUCGUAAAACACAACUCCAGAUAAAAAGAAGAUUCAAAGCCGUGGGUUACUGUCAGUAAGCCACUGCACAAUGCCGCUAAGCAUUGCCAUUGCCCAAAGCACAGUUUGUGAAUCACGAACCUCUGGUUUCUAUUGAUUUAUGAUCACCCAGUGUAGUAGAGUGUGCUGUUUGAACUUCUCCUUCAUUGAUAUUUUCGAAUGCUCUCUUUCCUUUAUAGAUUUAUUGACCUGUAACCUGCCUGUCAGCAAAACACACUUUGAGAUACACCCACACUUUGUACUUUGUGCCAAAAGCUCAUGGAAAAAGAAAAAAAAAAAAAAAAAAACGAGAGCCGUGUUUGUUAUGAAACAAAGGAUUUUCUGUUGGAAUGACUUUCACUGAUUGAUUUUGAAAUCUGUGAUUGUGAAGAUAUGUUGAAUAAAACCUCUGAA